GUUGAAGCAGAAAUGUCCCAGGAGAGUCUACAUGGCAGGUGGUCUAUAUCUGAUAGUGAGGAUGAGGACAACGUAAUACCACCAACCCCCCAAAAGACUUCAAUCACACCAAGCAUUAAACCAGAUUUAGGAAGCAAACCAAAUAACACCACCACCUCUCUGAAACAAGAGCCAAAGCAGAGUCCAAAUAAGCAAGCUGAGGAAGUGGAAGGAACCCUUAAUGUAAAAGAAGCGUCUGCUCCGUCCAUUGGAUCUGAAGCUAGAAAAGCAGCACAUGUGAACCAAACAAACCCUGCGAAGUAUGAAAGCAACGUAUCGCCUGCUGUAAAGCGAAAAAGAGAAACAGACGAAGGGGGCUGGAACCUCUCUGACAGCGAUGAUGAAGCUCCAACACCACCUGUUGCAAAAGAUGAAGACAAGAAAUUGAUUUUAAGCCCUAAAAGGAAGAAAACCGAAGACACGCGUCCUCCGAGCCCUCACGGCACCGGUUAUUAUAAAGACGAACCUGCUGAUUUCUUCGAAACCAACUUAUUGUCUAUGAAUGACAUGUACCGCUUUUAUUUAAACAAAGUCAGUGGGAUACAGAAGAAGUUCAACACUGGAGCGCUGCAUAUAAAAGAGAUACUUUCUCCUAUGUUUGGGACACUAAAAGAGUCCGUGCAGUUCAAUUACUGCUUUGACAUUCCAUGGAUGGUGGAGCAGUAUCCUCCAGAAUUUAGGGACAAACCCGUCAUAAUCGUUCAUGGAGACAAAAGAGAGGCCAAGGCUCGAUUAAUUGCGCAAGCAAAACCGUAUCCACACAUUCGUUUCUGCCAGGCCAAACUGGACAUUGCGUUUGGCACACAUCACACGAAAAUGAUGCUGCUGUGGUACGAAGAAGGAUUCAGAGUCAUCAUUCUUACCUCCAACCUCAUCCGAGCCGAUUGGUACCAGAAGACUCAGGGGCUGUGGAUGAGUCCGCUGUACCCCAGAUUACCGGAGGGAAGUCCGGGAACAGCAGGAGAGUCCCCCACCAACUUUAAAAGAGACCUGCUGGAAUACCUGGAGGCAUACCGGGCCCCAGAGCUCGCAGACUGGAUCGAACGCAUCAAACAGCAUGAUCUCUCAGAAACACGGGUGUAUCUCAUUGGUUCAACUCCAGGAAGAUAUCAAGGACCUGCCAAGGAAAAGUGGGGCCAUUUAAGAUUGCGAAAGCUGCUCAGCGAACACACACGUCCCAUUCCGAAUGAAGAAAGGUGGGCCGUGAUUGGUCAGUUUUCCAGUAUCGGCUCUAUGGGUCUUGAUAAGACUAAAUGGCUGGCAGCUGAGUUUCAGCAUACCCUGACCACCCUGGGGAGAGCAGAGAAAUCAUUACCCAGCUCACAACCACAGAUGCUCCUGAUUUAUCCAUCUGUGGAAAAUGUGAGAACCAGUUUGGAGGGUUUUCCAGCUGGGGGAUCUUUACCGUACAGUAUACAGACCGCACAAAAACAACUCUGGCUUCACUCGUACUUCCAUGGCUGGCAUGCUGAAGUCACCGGUAGGAGCAACGCGAUGCCCCACAUUAAAACAUACAUGAGGGUAUCACCAGACUUCACACAACUGGCCUGGUUCCUUGUUACAAGUGCCAAUUUGUCCAAAGCUGCCUGGGGCGCUCUGGAGAAGAACAACACCCAGAUGAUGGUGCGUUCCUAUGAGCUGGGAGUUCUCUACCUGCCUUCAGCCUUUAACAUGAGCACAUUUCCUGUGGAGAAGAAUGUGUUUCGUGGCUCCGCCUCUUCCAAGGGUUUCCCUGUGCCCUUUGACCUCCCACCCCAUCGCUACUCCGCUAAAGAUCAGCCUUGGAUCUGGAACAUUCCGUAUAGUCAGGCUCCAGAUACUCAUGGAAAUGUAUGGAUGCCUUCUUGAGAAGAUCAGACCCUUGAGGUCAUUUGCAUUAAAUCAAAAUAACAGAGUUAGAACAUUUGAGUCUUUUAGCCUCUUGAAUGAACCCGUAACAGCAAUGGUAGAGUAAGCUUUUUGUCAUUUACUGUAUUAGUGUAGAUGCUUUGUACUGUGUUUGAGUCCAGUUUUGUUGAGUCCACCUAAUUUUUUCCUAAUCGAUUUGGAAGUUACUGUGUAAUAAAAAAAUAUUUUUA